AUUGGCUGCUGUGGCAGCCGCUAACGGCUGCGGAGUUUAAACCCGGCUCCGGCCGCGACUCCGCGCCGACCCCCUGGAACCGGGUGGUGGUGCCCUGCGCUGACUGAGCGUGAUGGAGUCCCCGGUCAUGGAAACUGAUUCAGUUACUUCAGGAAUUAAGAGAUAUGUAAAAGACAAAAAAAUUUCAAGGACUACUAAAUUGAAUGUUUCUCUUGCUUCAAAAAUCAAAACAAAAAUAAUAAACAAUUCUUCUAUUUUCAAAAUUUCUCUAAAGCACAACAACAGGGCAUUAGCUCAGGCUCUUAGUAGAGAGAAGGAGAAUUCUCGAAGAAUUACAACUGAGAAGAUGCUGUUGCAAAAAGAAGUGGAGAAACUGAAUUUUGAGAAUACAUUUCUUCGUCUAAAGCUAAAUAACUUGAAUAAGAAGCUUAUAGAAAUAGAAGCACUCAUGAACAAUAACUUAAUAACCGCAAUUGAAAUGAGCAGUCUUUCUGAGUUCCAUCAGAGUCCUUUUCCACUGCCAGGUAGCAAGAAGAAAGGAAUUGGUAAACAGUGCAAGUUGAUGCGUCUUCCAUUUGCAAGAGUUCCGUUAACUUCAAAUGAUGAUGAUGAUGGUGAUGAUAAAGAGAAAAUGCAGAGUAAUAAGUCUGUUAUAUCAAAGACACCACCUGAUAUUCCCUCUUCAGUAUCAACAAGGCAAUCUUUAUCAAUUCAGUAUAAUUUGGAAGAGUUACUUCAGAAAGAAAAUAAUCAGAAUGUGUAUGAUUUAGAUGACCCAAGACAUUUUUCUCCUAUUGUGGAUAUACUUCCCAAAGAAAGUUGUUCUUCCUCAGACCAAAAUUUCAAGAGUUCUCUAACAAGUGGGAUGAGAAAUAUCGCGUCAAUUGACAACAGAAGAGAUAAACAAUCUCCUAGUAACGUGACGGAAAGGAAGAAGCGUGGGUCAUCACGGGGGUCAGUCAGCCUUUCUGUAGACACUCCUUGUGCAGCACAUUUAGAUGAACAAUGCAUUUCAACUCCAGAAUUAAAUCUGAAGAAGGAUAUAAAUGAUGACACUCAUGAAGCAAGUAUUAACACACAAAGAACUAGACCAUGUCUUCCUUGCUUACCAUCUGAAUCUGCAAGGGAACCUAAUGCAGAGUGUGUGAGUCAAGUCCAGGAUAAUAAUGACUUUCAACUGCAGAAAACAGUGUAUGAUGCUGACAUGGAAUUAACUACUAGUGAAGUCAGCAAAAUUGUUACAGUCUCAACAGGCACCAAAAAUAAAAGUAAUAAAAACACGGAAGAUUGUCAAAUGAAACCUUUCAGAAAAGUGAAAGAUCCAAGCUUUGAAAAAAACCAAGAAAGAUCAAAGAGAAAACGUAGAAAUAGUUCAGAUGUGGAUAUUGAGGAAAAGAUUGAAAACAGACCAAAAAGAAGAUCUGUUGUCCUGGAUGGCCAAAGGAAUUCCCAAGACCCACAUUUUACCUUCGGUACUGAGCAGCUGGCUCAAGUGAACACACUGCAGGAAAUAACCCUCCCUAAUAACUUCAACCCAGAUGACAGACAAAAUACACAGUGUAAUAAAAAGAAGAAAAGAACACAUGUAACAAAUGGAGAAGAGGAAAUAUACUCUUUCUCUCAAAGUUCAGAUCAAUUCCUGCAGGAGAGUAAAUUUAUGGGUCAGAAUUCUGUAACUUGUACUAAAAGUAAAGCUUCUAGACAGACAUUUGUGAUUCUUAAGGUAGAAAAAGGUAACGCAUUCCCAAAGCAAAAGGAUAAAGAAGCCAUUUCCAAAAACCUAGAAGGCACAAAUGAAUUUGAAGCAGCAUGUGUCUCCACCAAAGAUAAUGGAAAUGUAGGUGAUUAUGAGACCCAGAAUAUGUUGGAUUUAGAAAAGUGUGUCACUGAUAUGCAGCCUGCUCAGCAAAAUGAGUCAAAAAUGAAUAAACUUGGACGUAAAGUAAGUCGGAAGACAGAAAUAAUUUCUGAAAGAAACCAAAUACAUGAGAAUGAUAAAGAUUUGAACAGCCUAGAAAAUGGUAACUUUUUCUUUCAAACCCAAGACAAUAAAGAAUCCAUCUCCAGGAAUCUAGAAGUUUCAAAACAGUUUCACAUACCUGCUGUUCUCAUUAGGGACAAUGGAAAUCUAUAUGAAUAUAAAACCCAGAAUGCAUUGGAUUUGCAAAAGCAGAUCAGCGACAUGUACCCUGUUCAGCAAAACGAAUCUAAAGUUAAUAAGAAGCUUAGGCAGAAAGUAAAUCGGAGGACAGAAAUAAUUUCUGAAGUAGAUCAUUUAAAUAAUGACAAAAGUGUGCAUUGCCUAGAAAAGGAUAAUUAUUUCUUCCCAACCCACAAGGAUAAAGAGAUCAUCCCUGGAAACCUGGAAGACCCAAAUGAAUUUCAAACAUCUGCUCUUCCUACCAAAGCUAGUGGAAACCUUUGUGAUUAUGAGAGGGUGACAGAGCAUGCCCAUGCUAUGCGAUCUGCUUGUCAAAAUGAUUCAAAAAUAGUUAAGAAGCUUAGACAAAAGGUAUAUCGAAAAACAGAAAUUAUUUCUACAAUGAACCAAACGCAGGAAAAUGAUGGAGAACAUGUGCAUGACCCAGGAAAGGGUAACAGCUUUUCUCCAACCCAAAAGGAUAAAGAAACCAUUUCUGGAAAUGUUCAAGUCACAGAUGAAUUUCAAACAGCUGAUCCUCCCACCAAAGAUAAUGGAAAUUUAUGUGACCAUGAGACCCAGAAUAUUUUGGAUUUGGAAAAGCAUGCCACUGAUAGGCAACCUGCUGAGCAAAAUGAAUCAAAAAUAAAUAAGCAGCUUAGGCAGAAAGAAAAUCGGAAGAUGAUAAUUUCUGAAAUGAACAGAAUAUAUGAGGGUAAUGAUAAAGAUGUGCAUGCUCAAAAAAGCUAUGUAAAAGACCUUGACUUUAAAAUAAAUAAGUCUAAACAGAGACUUGACCAUCAGGACACGAACAGUGGACACUCUAUGGAAAUAAACAGUAAUGAAAAGGAAAAUAGUCAUCAAAUUUUAGAUCCAUACAAACUAGUUAACAAAUGUAGGAAACAAUCAGGCAAAGCAAAGAACAUUUUGACAAGAGAUAAGAAUAAACCUACUGUGGAGUCAACAGAGUCUUCACAGACCUCUCCCUCCUCAGAAUUUCAUUUGCAAAACAUUAAUGAAGCAGAUGCUGUUGUUGGAAACCAAAUUGAACAACAUAAUAGUGAGAACAGAAGUUCAGCACCUCUGAGUAAAAAAAGAGAGACUUCCUUUGCAGAGAGGAUAACAGAAGGAGAGUGCAAGGUGAAAAAACUAAAUAAAGGGACUUCCAAAUCAAAGAAAAGAAAGACCUUCGUAGUUCCUUCUCCAGAUGGCCAUGAGGUGAUGGGGUUAAUACUUGACUCUGUUCAAGGCAAGUCAGUUGACUGUGAACCAGCUGAUAAGGAAAACUAUUUGGAGAAUGAGAAAAUGGUCAGAAAUAAGCCAGACUUUUGCACAAAGGUGUUUAAAUCUUUUUCUCAGAUUUAUUCACCUAACAUAAAAGAUUCUUCCUUUCGCAUUGUUCAUGAGGAUUCUACACCUUUGGGUAUUUCUUCUACUAAAACUCUGAUAAUAAAAGAAAAUUUUGCCCUGGAAAGCUCACCAGGUUUUCAAGUAAAUAAUGAUGUGCAUGAGAAGGUGAAAGAGAUGAAAUUUAAGGAGGAUCAGACAACGAAAAAAUCAGGAAUAGGUGCUAGAACGUUACAGGACUUGACAAAUACAAGUUUCGUUUCAUAUGACACUGCUAAAUCUGAAAAUGUGUUAGAAGAUCUGUCCUCAGAGCUGCCAAGCCGAAGGAGGAAAUGUGCUCCUCUCUCUUUAAAAGAGCCAAGUCUCAGAGGGAAGAUGAGAAGAUGAGAUGUGAUUUGUGGAUUCUGUGUUUUUUCUGAAUUCUCGGCAUGAGUCAGAACAGAAAUAUGACAAGGAAGAUGAAACACUUGAUGGAAAGUGUUUUGUUGUUUUUGGCCUUUUCAUGGAUUGUUGAUUUAUCCAUUCUUAUGUUUAUAAAUAUAUGUGUAUAAAAUACUGUUUUGUAAUAAUAAUAAUAAACUUUAAAGAUCCUUUCCAUCAUCCUAUAAGUUAUCUACCUUCUCAUUUAAGUCUUUCUCACACCCUUUAGCCCAACAAUAGCUAUUAACCUUUUAACCAAAUAAAUGUAUUAAUCAGUACCUUUGCUUUGGUUAUCUUGCAUACCAAACUAUCUUGUUUUGCUUUGUUUUUGAACAAAUAUAUAUGUGAGGGGCUGGUGUUAUGGCACAGUGGGUAAAGCCACCGUCUGCAGAGGCCUGCACCUGCAUGAGAGACCUGGAAGAAGCUCCUGGCUUUGGAUCGGCGCAGCUCCAACCAUUGCGGCCAUUUGGGGAGUAAACCAGCGGGUGGAAGACCUGUCUCUCUGGCUCUGCCUCUGCCUCUCAAUAACUCCACCUUUCAAAU